AUGCCCGACAACAUCACGGUGCUGGAAGGAGACAGCGUCACUCUCAGGAGCCGCUGUCACACUCUCAGUGCCGCAAUUAGCUCCUGCACCUCCCUCUCCUCUGCUCCUGCACCUCCCUCUCCUCUGCUCCUGCACCUCCCUCUCCUCUGCUCCUGCACCUCCCUCUCCUCUGCUCCUGCACCUCCCUCCUGCACCUCCCUCUCCUCUGCUCCUGCACCUCCCUCCUGCACCUCCCUCUUCUCCGCUCCUGCACCUCCCUCUCCUCCGCUCCUGCACCUCCCUCUCCUCUGCUCCUGCACCUCCCUCUCCUCUGCAUCCCACAUCUCAGAGGGGUCGAUACUGACGGAGGCGCAGGUCAUCUCUGCACCAUCAACUCUGCACCAUCGACUCUGCACCAUCGACUCUGCACCAUCAACUCUGCACCAUCGACUCUGCACCAUCGACUCUGCACCAUCAACUCUGCACCAUCAACUCUGCACCAUCAACUCUGCACCAUCAACUCUGCACCAUCAGCUUCAUCUCUGCACCAUCAGUCUUUUUUAA